AUGUUUCGUAUUCUGCCUUUGUUAGCUGCGACUUACCUGCCUGCAUUGCCAACCGAAAUCUGGUGCCUAAUAUUGAGGUAUCUGGAUGACGAUGGCUUACUGAGAGCAGUACGGUCUAAUCGCUCCUGGCUGGAAUACGUUAAAGGAGAUCCUGUUUUAAACCAGCGUUUGAACAUCGCCUUACUUAAGAAGAGAGAAGACUUUUUGAGGAUGAGGAACCAAGUGACUGUACAGCGACCUCUGCCUUCAUCUGGGACCUUUCUUCGAAAUAAUCAAAAAGUUGUCGUCAAGAAGCCAGACGAGUAUUCCAAGUAUAAGGAGAUCUAUGAUGAGAUGAUUACAAGGAAGACAAAGCCAAACAAAUCAGGUGGAAAAGUUACGGCUUCUAAAAGUAAUGUAAGGAAUAAACCAUAUAGGUUGUGA